AACAAAACAGAAAACCUGUACCAUACAUGCACAAGCACACAACCAUUUGAGGCCGGGAGGAAAGCGUGCCGCGUUGAAUGAAGCGCUCACGUUGCGCACUACAUUCGUCACGUAAACAUAUUCACGCCAAUUGGACGGUGUACCGUGAUUCACAAUAUACUACAGCAGAAGGAGAGCUUAUCAAAACCCAGACUUAGUGCAUGAAAAACGCGAACGCGAGCGAGAGAAAGAGAUAGGUGUUGUUGUGACAAGUUUCUUCGAGUUCAAAUUAGUCGCGACGAAAGCAGGAAAAAAAAAAUAGUCUGAGCCGUCUGUUCCGAGUGACAAUCCGCGACACAAUAAUCGGGCAGCCACGAGCGCAGUGCGCAGACGAUCGAUUUCCCACGAUUCCCACGAUUCCCACGUCAGGAAAAGUGGUUUAGUUCCUACCGUCGUAGGGCGUGUUCCGUGUGCUCCGGACUGAGGUCAUCCGCCCGACGUAUCGGAUGGCAAGAUGGCUUUCUUCUUCAACUUUGUUGCGAUUAGUUUCUUCGUGUACCAUCUGCUGCGCGUGAUACUUUGGGGGGUGCUCGAUUCGGACAUUGAACUCUUCUUUCUCUCCAAAUUGGGCAAACCGAUCUCUUCGCUGCGCGGAAAGGUGGUCUGGAUAACUGGGGCGUCGAGCGGAAUUGGCCGCGAGCUGGCAAUAGCCCUCGCGAAGCAUGGAGUCAAAUUAUGCAUCUCGGCGCGGAAUAUUUCCGAGCUACUGAAAGUGAAACAAGCUUGCCUGGUUCAAUCGAACGGAAGUCUCGGCCCAAACGAUGUAUAUGUGCUGGAAAUGGAUAUGCUUCACGUGAAUCAUCACAACGACUACUUCAACAUGGUUAUCGAUCACUUCAAAACGGUGGAUAUUCUGGUGAACAAUGCUGGUCGAUCGCAGCGCGCCGAUUGGGGUGCCAUCAAUGUUAAGGUCGAUCGGGAGCUGUUCGAGCUGGAUGUGUUCGCGGUGGUAAGCUUGUCGCGGGUGGCACUGAACUUUUUCGUGCGCAACUCGGUGAAGGGCCACUUGGUGGUGACGAGCAGCACUGCAGGUCUGAUCGGAGCUCCGAAUUCCGGGACGUACACCGGUGCCAAGCACGCCCUCCACGGCUACUUCGAGGCGUUGAGAAACGAGCUACCGAACAAUGUAAACAUUACUAUGUUCUGUCCUGGACCGACGGCCACGAAUUUUCUGCAAGAAUGUUUCACCGAUACACCUGGCACGAAAUACAACCAACGCGUACAACCGACGGACCGCAGGAUGACGAGCGAAAGGUGUGGCCAACUGUACGCGCUGGCGAUCGCCAACAAAACCCAUCUCAGCUGGGUGGGAACGUUCCCGAUCAACUUCUUGCUCUACAUCGGGUGUUAUUACCCGAACCUGAAGCGAGUGUUGCUGAAAAUUAUUGGAAGUGAGAGACUGCAGCGAGUUCGCGAUAGCCGGUAAAUUGGUGUUAAACGCGCGGAGGGCCCACACACGGCCAACCCGCAGCCGCAGGCGGAAGUCGACGGGUGCACAAAGCAGUCAUUCCAGUUGCGCACACUAAACGAGUAACAAAGGCCACCGCCGUCUUCACAGGGGUGAGGAAUGCAGUCUGAGCGGUCCACGGUCCGGUGAGCGGAAGACCAGCUGUGUUUGGGAACUUGCUCGAAACUCUACGAUAGCACGCUCCACGCUAGAAUUAGUCCCAUUUUCACCGCUCUUCGCGAAAGUCACAGGCAGCUCAACGAUUGUUAUUUGUUGGCAGCGUUCAUUAUUUGUAGUUCUCCAAAAAACAGAUAGUUAAUUAUUUAAUGUUAAUUAUUAUGAGCACAGGGCAGAGCUUUGCAUUUGUUUGUUAAUUAGUGCGUUCAUGUUUGCAUCCUGCACUGGUGUACGCCAAGUUUUGUUCGUUCGUGCACUACGUCACUGAACUGCGUCGCAGAUUGUUUUUAGAAAAGUUUAUUGCAUAAAAGUCACGCUAACACUGUAAGGUGGGUCAGCCACAGUAUCAGUGUGGAAGUUAACUGAAAACCUAAAAGCCAUAAUUUAAUUCCAUACGUACGAACAUAUUUAAAAAAAGUUAAUACCAAAUUCUUCGAAAACACACUUAGUUUCAACAACACCCAACCACCCGAGCUCAGUCGAGAGCUCAAGAAUAAUAAAACAUGUUGAAAAUAUGGCACAAAUGUGGAAUAUUAAAUGAUGUUUGAGAAUUUUAAAUUCUAGAUGUUGAUGUUGGACCGCCACUAAGGUCUAUCAGCAGCAGUAUCUAAACAUCCGGCAUUCCGUGAAAUCGGUUGUAUACUGUACUACUUUGAAAUAUGAACAAAUUCAAUCAGAAAUAGUGAACGGUAACAUCGAUUGGAAGGUA